AUGCCUCGAAUAUCUACAUCAUUAAUAAGGAAAGCUUCUAGAAUAAGACCUGGCUUGCAUCUCCUGCUUCCAGAAUGCAGGACUCUAGAACAGGCGAAACUAGAGUAUAAAUGGCUCGCUGAAGAGCUACCUCCGGGGAGAUCGAUUCGUUGGGCUUGUUUUCAGAGGUACAAUCAUGUUCCAUUGCAAUACAUCUUGAGGUCGCAACCAUUCGGGCCCCUAGAAAUUGUUUGUAAGCCAGGAGUGCUUAUACCAAGAUGGGAAACUGAGGAAUGGGUGAUGGACUUGGUAAAAAUUCUGAGUAAUUCGGCCCUAUUAAGCAACAAUGACCCCUUACAUAUUUGCGAUACAUUCACGGGAACAGGAUGUAUUGCUCUUGCCUUAAGUCAUGGUAUACCCAAUUCGAGCUUUACUGUGAUUGAUGUUUCGAGGAAAGCAAUUGAGUUGGUUAAGGAAAAUAUGUUGAAAAACAAGGUAAGUAAAGGCAAACUUAUUCAGCGCAAUAUUUUAUCUUCAAACGGCUGCAAUGAAUAUCCAUCCCACAUAGAUAUACUAACUGGUAAUCCUCCCUAUAUUCGAAAGAGACAUUUCAUUAGAGAUGUCACUACUUCUGUGAAGCUGUUUGAGCCAAGACUAGCAUUAAUAGGUGAACUUGAAUGUUAUGAAAAUUUAGUGGACCAUUGGCUAUCGAAAACAAACUCCUUUUUUUAUGAGAUAGGAGAUUUUGAUCAGUUUAGUUAUGUACAAAACCGCAUAAAAGAUGAUUCCAAUCUGAGCCGAAUCUGGUCCGUUGGCCUAAAAUAUGAUUCCAAUGGGAAUCCAAGGGUUGUAUAUGGGUUCAAAGCCACUCCCAAGGGAAGUAUAUUGCUUCAAAUUUUGGAACCUUUUGGGACUAUUAAGUAUUUAGCAACUGCACUCAGUAGACACAAAGCUAAUUCUAAGUAA